CCGCCCUUCCUCCCCAGGGACAUCCUCACCCUGCGGCUGGACGUGCUGCUGGAGACGGAGAGCCGGCUGCACUUCACGAUCAAAGAUCCCGCCAGCAGGCGCUACGAGGUGCCCUUGGAGACCCCCCGUGUCCGCGGCCGGUGUGUGGCCUCUCCAGCUCUGACCUCGGGUGGGAGCGGAGGAGGGGGGGUAGGGACCAGAAACGGGAGUCCUGAGUCCCCCUCAGCAUCUCCCCGUCCUGCUCCAGGGUCCUCAGCAGGUCCUCUGAGUCCCCUGUCCCCUAGCAGGCUGUUCCCAGGCUCCUGGGGGAGGACCCCCUUCUCCAGAGGUAGUUUGUCCCACCCAUCCGUGAGGUGCCCAGGGCCCUGGGGGGCAGGCGGGCAUGUGUCCCUGAGCCCCAGGGCUGCUCCCCCAGACGUGAUCCUGCAGCCCAGCCCAGCCCUCAGCUGGAGGUCGACAGGCGGGAUCCUGGACGUGUACGUCUUCCUGGGCCCGGAGCCCAAGAGUGUGGUGCAGCAGUACCUGGAGGUCAUAGGCCGCCCCUUCAUGCCGCCGUACUGGGCCCUGGGCUUCCAUCUCUGCCGCUGGGGCUACCCGUCCACCGCCGUCACCCUCCAGGUGGUGGAGAACAUGACGCGGGCCCACUUCCCCCUGGACGUCCAGUGGAACGACCUGGACUACAUGGACGCCCGGAGGGACUUCACGUUCAACAAGGACGGCUUCGGGGACUUCCCGGCCAUGGUGCGCGAGCUGCACCAGGGCGGCCGGCGCUACGUGAUGAUCGUGGAUCCCGCCAUCAGCAGCUCCGGGCCUGCGGGGAGCUACCGGCCCUACGACGAGGGGCUGCGAAGGGGGGUGUUCAUCACCAAUGAGACUGGGCAGCCCCUGAUCGGGAAGGUGUGGCCAGGGCCCACCGCCUUCCCCGACUUCACCAACCCCGAGGCCCUGGCCUGGUGGCAGGACAUGGUGGCUGAGUUCCACGCCCAGGUGCCCUUCGACGGCAUGUGGAUCGACAUGAACGAGCCGUCCAACUUCGUGAAGGGCUCCGUGGACGGCUGCCCCGAUAACGAGCUGGAGAAUCCGCCCUACGUGCCUGGGGUGGUGGGCGGGUCCCUCCAGGCAGCCACCAUCUGUGCCUCCAGCCGCCAGUUUCUCUCCACGCACUACAACCUGCACAACCUGUACGGCCUGACCGAGGCCUUGGCCUCCCACAGGGCCCUGGUGAAGGUUCGGGGGACACGCCCCUUCGUCAUCUCCCGCUCCACCUUCGCCGGCCACGGCCAAUACGCCGGCCACUGGACAGGGGACGUGUGGAGCAGCUGGGAGCAGCUGUCCUCGUCGGUACCGGAAACCCUGCUCUUCAACCUGCUGGGGGUGCCCCUGGUGGGGGCCGAUGUCUGCGGCUUCCAGGGCAACACGUCAGAAGAGCUGUGCGUGCGCUGGACACAGCUGGGGGCCUUCUACCCCUUCAUGCGGAACCACAACGACCUGCACAGCCUGCCGCAGGAGCCAUACAGGUUCAGCGAGACGGCGCAGCAGGCCAUGCGGAAGGCUCUGGGCCUGCUGGCCCGGCCCCUCUUCCUGGAGUUCCCCGAGGACCCCCGCACCUGGCCGGUGGACCGCCAGCUCCUUUGGGGAGCGGCCUUGCUCAUCACGCCGGUGCUCGAGGCUGGGAAGGUGGAAGUGACGGGCUACUUCCCCGCCGGCACGUGGUACGACCUGCAGACGGUGCCAGCAGAGGCCCUUGGCAGCCUCCCGCCUCCGCCUGCGGCCCCCCUCAAGCCUGCCAUCCACAGCGAGGGCCAGUGGGUGACGCUGCCGGCCCCCCUGGACACCAUCAACCUCCACCUCCGGGCCGGACACAUCAUCCCCCUGCAGGGUCCUGGCCUCACGACCACAGAGUCGCGCAAGCAGCCCAUGGCGCUGGCCGUGGCCCUGACCUCGAGCGGGGAGGCCCGCGGGGAGCUCUUCUGGGAUGACGGGGAGAGCCUGGGGGUGCUGGAGCACGGGGCCUACACACAGCUCGUCUUCCUGGCCAGGAAUAACACCGUUGUGAACGACCUGGUGCACGUGAGCAGCGAGGGGGCCGCCCUGCAGCUGAGGAGGGUGACCCUCCUGGGCGUGGCCUCCGCCCCUAAGCAGGUCCUUGCCAAUGGGGUUCCUGUCUCCAACUUCACCUACAGCCCCGAAACCCAGACCCUGGACAUCCCAGUCUCGCUGACGAUGGGACAGCAGUUUCUCAUCAGCUGGUCUUGACUGGGGCCUCGAGUUCCCCGACUUCACCAACCCCUGGCGUUCACCCAUGUCGUGUAGCGCUGACCUCCCUCCAGCACACAGAUCUGCUCACCUGUCUACCUCCUGUGCUGGGCGCUGGGCCAGCGGCACCUGCAUCACAGUUUCCUGGUCCAGCUCCCACGUUGGGCCAGUGUCCCGGGGUUGCCUGGGUUUGGAAUGUUUCACUGGAGCCUUGCUCUCCGUAGCCCGACACUGGGAUGCGUGGAACAUCGGCCACCCCCAGCUGCCUGCCCUGAUGGCAGGGAAGGUGGCGUUUGGGGCCACGUGGUACCUGUGCCCCGAGUCACGCCCGGGCGGCUCUGCUACUGCCCUGACAGGACGGAGCUGGGGGCCGCCUGCUGGGACCUCGGGAGACUGCCUGGGAAAGAUUUUAAGUGCAAUUAUUUGUAAUAAAAGCGGCAUCUGGCCAAGCCUCUGGGUGCCCCUGGCAUCCAGGGCACAGAGGGUGUGCCCGGGGGCCAUGACACGGAGACACUUAACAAUGUCUUUGAGGAGUGAACGUUUUUCAUUGUGAUGAGCACAUCUUGCUUCUAUUUCUUACCCCCUUUAAUGAAAUCUUUGCUAAACCCAAAGUCCCCAUGACUUUUCUCCUAGAGAAGUUUUGUAAUUUUAAGUCUUACGUUUCCAGCGAGGUUUGAUCGAUGCAAUGAAGUAAAGGCUGGUCCAGGUU